AUGUCAUAUCCAAGACAACCAAUGCUACUACCGAGAUUGACUCCCACAGCCAUACCACAACCUUGGUUUGCAAAGAAACGGAGCCUCGAAGACGAAUUACAGGAGCUGCAAUAUGAAGAAGAUCGAUAUACCCGAGAACGCGCACUCGCAUUGACAACCAAGUACGAUGCCAUCCAAGUCGAUGUACCCGAUGCAGCCCAUGGUGCCCAAAAAGUCCAGCAACGGCAAUUGACACCAUUCUCGCAAAGUUCUCAACAGCAACACUUGGUGGAACCUGAGGACGAGGGUGAAUACGACGAUGAUAACGAACAAGGCAAUUAUGGCGUAUCAGGCUCAUCGACAGGCUCUGUCACUCCUCAACAAGUCAGAAUGAUGCAGCACAAUGAGGAUAUGGUUCCUUCAUCCAUACCCGCCUCACCCGAGUUUUCAGACGAUGAUAUGAUGCUGAGCUUUUAA